AUGGGCCUAAAGGCGAGGCGAGCUGCCGUCGCAGCAGCGCUGCUGUUCAGCACAGCGGUCACAGCGCACGAGCACCACGUGAAUAAGAUACAGCAGGGCGAGGCUAUCUCCGAGGACCCGAUCGACUCGAUACUAUGGAUACACAUCUUGGUGCAGUCGCUGGCAUGGGGUAUAAUCUUUCCCACAGGAAUGGUUUUGGGUAUAAUACGCUCGAAAUGGCACGUUCCCGUACAGGUUUCUGGCUCCAUCCUCGCCGUCAUUGGCUACUUUUUGGGCCAUAAACACAAGGGCAGGCAGUUCACCGAAGACAAUGUCCACGCUAAAUUCGUACCCGUAAUCAUGCUCAUGCUGAUCGUCCAAAUCGUCAUGGGCGUCUACCUCAAGCUUCACCUCGAGAAGGGCAUACACGGCAAGAUCCGCAGGGUUAUUGUCAUGGGACACGGUGUGGUGGGGAAGGCAUUGCCUGUCGUGACCUGGGUGCAAUUCCUGUUUGGAGGAAUUACCGCGCUUGGGUUCUGCAGAGCCGAUCAUACAGGGCAAUGUCUAGCCCACUUCAUCAUGGGCAGUGCCUUCAUCGCUUAUGGCAUCAUUCUCACAAUCCUGCUACUCGUUGGGCAGAUGUGGUUGAAGAGAACCGGUCGCAGCCAGGAGUUCUUUGACUCGCUGGUUAUCGCAGCAUGGGGUUGCGUCAAUACCUUCACCGAGCACCGUUGGGGUGGGCCAUGGGUACACAACGACUUGCAGCAUACAUCUAUGGGUAUCAUCUGGUGGGCUGCAGGUUUGCUUGGUGUCUGGUUGAGCCGCAAGAGAAACGGACAGCCAAAGCGAAACCUCAUUCCUGGCAUGGUCAUCUUCGUCACCGGCUGGGCAAUGUCAGCUCACCCACAGCACCUGCCCAUCUCGGCUAUGAUCCACACUGUGUUUGGCUUUACUCUCAUGGCCGCUGGCGCUGCUCGCAUCAUCGAGAUCUCUUUCGUGCUGAGGGACCGCAGUUCGGUCACCAACGACCUCGAGGACCCUGAUCCAAACAGCUUCCAGUAUCUUACGCCCUUCUUGCUCAUCGCCGGUGGCUUCCUCUUCAUGGGUGCCACAGAAGAGCAGAUGCAGCUCCUCGCAGAUGCAAACGUCACACACAUCUCCUAUGUCUUGAUCCUGUUCAGCGUGGCGUUUUUGCUGUUCCUCUUCGCCAAUCUGCUCAUCCACCUUUACGCUGUCUACGCCUUCCAGGGCUCCAAGACCGAUGCCGAAGCACCACACGCGAACGGAACACCGAACGGCUAUGCAAGAGUCGACCGCAGAGUCAGAGAUGCUGAAGAGUUCGAGCUUGAAGGCUUGACAGACGACGAAGACGACGACGAGCCACCCGUACACAAGGAGAGUAGAACAAACGGGCAUGUUGCCUUAUAG